GUUGGGGGGAGGGUACUCAAGCACAAUGUUUUCUUUUCCUCGACUUCAAACUCACACAGAUUAACUUACAGUCCAGUUCUAUUAGACCACUCCCACAUUUCUUAUGUAACAAAGUCAUCAGGACUUAAAUUCUGCUAAACACAGCCACUGGGCUUUUUUUGUCCAGAGAGAGGAAAACAUUUCCAAUGUUUCCAACUUUGUGUCAAGGCUACAAGGGCAUUCUGAUGGGGAGUCUUCCAGGCGCGUCUCUCCUUCUUCUGGUGUUUACUGUGCCUCUCCUGAUUGGUCCCAGUGUCCAGGCCGGGAAAAUUAUGGUGUUUCCAGUGGAUGGCAGCCACUGGGUGAACAUGAACCUGCUGAUCCAGAACCUUCAUGAUAAGGGCCACGAGGUGACUGUGGUCCGAACUGCCACCAGCUGGUACAUCAAAGAGUCAGCACCACAUUACCGCUCCAUCACUGUAACACUACCACAAGCCAUAGCCAUUGAGAAGGAGGACUUCUUUGUGAAGUUCCUAAUCAAGAUGCUGGAAAUUAAGAGGGAAGGAUCUUUGACAGGCUUUGUCAAGUUUUACUGGGAGAUGCUGAAUGCAUUGUCAGACAUUCACAAACAGGCCAGCUUAUUAGGAGUGGAAAUGUUAGAGAACAAGACUCUUAUGCAGAGUAUUCGGGACAAUCAGUUCGACGUUGUUCUGAUUGACCCAGGUUUGCCUGUAGGAGUUCUGGUGGCUCAUGAACUGAAGCUGCCAACAGUUUAUAAUGUGAGAUGGAUCACCAGUGGAGAGGGACAUUUUGUUGUGGCUCCGUCUCCAACCUCAUAUGUUCCAACUUCUGCACACCCUGUGACCGACAAGAUGAAUUUCAUCCAAAGAUUCAAAAAUGCGCUGUUCUAUAUCCUAAACACAUGCAUUGACAAACUCGUUGUUUGCCCUCACUACGAUAGACUGGUGCACAAGUACUUUGGUCCAGAUGUAAAGUUCUAUCACCUUCUUCAGAGCGCAGACAUCUGGCUAAUGAGAGUAGACUUUGUCUUUGAAUUUCCCAGGCCGACCAUGCCAAACAUUGCCUACAUUGGUGGAUUUCAGUGCAAGCCCUCUGAACCUCUAUCCAACGAGCUGGAGCAGUUUGUUCAAAGUUCAGGCGAGCACGGUGUCCUCCUAAUGUCUCUGGGUACACUGGUUCAAGGUUUGCCAUCAGAAAUCACAUCAGAAAUAGCUGCAGCUUUUGCUCAGCUUCCACAGAAAGUCAUAUGGAGGCAUGUGGGCGAACGACCCAGCAAUUUGGGCAAUAAUACCCUGCUAGUGAAGUGGAUGCCGCAGAACGACUUGCUGGGUCAUCCAAAGAUCAAAGCCUUCGUGGCCCAUGGUGGCACUAACGGUAUUUAUGAGUCCAUCUACCAUGGUGUCCCCAUCAUCGGUAUCCCCCUUCUUUUUGACCAGUUUGAAAACGUCCUGAGACUGGAAGCACGAGGAGCAGCGAGGGUGGUUGAUGCAGCUAAGCUCACCCGACAGAAUUUCCUGGAAGCAGUGCAGGAUGUUCUUAACAAUCCCUCCUACAGAAAGAACAUGAAACGCCUGUCAGCUCUCCAUCGGGAUAAGCCAAUGCAUCCUUUGGACACUGCAGUGUACUGGAUCGAGUUUGUCAUGAGGCACAAAGGAGCCGCACAUUUACGAACAGAGUCUUACAGGAUGCCCUGGUAUUCAUAUUAUUCUGUGGAUGUCUUUGUGUUUUUGUUGGCCUUUUUAUUGAAAUUGACAGCAUCUGUAGUAGGUUUUGUACAAUUUAUUUGCCUUCCAAUAUGCAGAAAGAGAAAAUCAAAGCAAGAGUAAUUAUUUUGUUACAGUUAAAUGGAAACAGUAAUUUAAAAAAAUAAGUAAUCAUUUUUGGAUUAAUAUAGAUUGUUAAAAUACUCUAAGUAUGCGCAGGACAGGGAGUAACCGAAAAUAGAUUUAACAAUGCCAUUUUAUUUAUUGUUUAAUGAAGGGGAAAAGAAUGUGCAACUGUUUAUGCCCCCCAAAUUUUUGCAACAUUACAUUUCCUGGAAACAGAUUGAUCAGAAGUUGACAAUCUCAAGGAAGUCACCACAAGGUCAGACUUGGAAAUAUAUUUAAAAAACUAGAAACACUCAAAAGCUCCACCUUUAAGGCUUCAAAUAGUUUUCUGAGUGUUAAAUAAAACACCGGAACACAAACACUGGAUGGUUUAUUAAUCGGCUGAGGGAAAAUGUAUCCUUGAAACAGAUUAUUUGAA